GAAUCUCUGGCAGCUCGUGCUGGGUCAGUUCCUGAGCGUUUGUAUCCAGCAUCAUCUCCUCUACUGUCGCAAACUUGGAAUGUUCCUUCCAGAACUCCGUCAUCAUGUUUCGCUCGCUUUCUAUGGAGACAAACCCCAUCAGCUGAUUCUCUAAGGUCCUGGAUUUUGGUUCUCCUUGCUGAUGGUCCCAUUGUACUCCUCUGUUCCUUGACUGUCCGAUCUGUUGCUCAGCUGAAUAUUGGUUGAACUGGUUUGGACUUACCAGCUCACACCAAGUGAAAUUGUGAGGAUGUCCGGCUGUGCCAGGCGCUGCAAACAUGGGUUAGUGAAGUUUGCUUUGUCCGUGAGCAAACUGGUGACGGGAACUCUCAUUAAAGAUAAGGUGGAUGAUGAUCUGGAGCUGUCUAUCGUGUGUCACCGUCCCGAGGGUUUGGAGCCACUGGAGGCUCAGACAAACUUCAACAAGAAAGAGCUGCAAGUGCUCUACAGAGGCUUUAAAAACGAGUGUCCCAGCGGUGUGGUCAACGAGGAGACAUUCAAACAGAUCUACUCGCAGUUCUUUCCUCACGGCGACGCCAGCACAUACGCGCAUUACCUGUUCAACGCCUUCGACACUUCCCACAAUGGAUCCAUCAAAUUCGAGGACUUUGUAAUGGCUCUGUCCAUCUUGUUGAGAGGAACAACAACAGAGAAGUUACAGUGGACCUUCAACCUGUACGACAUUAACAGAGACGGUUACAUUACUAAAGAGGAGAUGACUGAUAUAGUGAAAGCCAUAUAUGACAUGAUGGGCCGCUUCACGUAUCCCGCUCUGAAGACAGACGCUCCCAAACAACACGUGGAUGCUUUCUUUCAGAAAAUGGACAGGAACCGAGAUGGAGUCGUCACUCUUGAUGAGUUUAUUCUCGCAUGUCAAGAGGAUGAAAACAUCAUGAGAUCAUUGCAGCUCUUUGAGAACGUGAUAUAGAGCUACAGGAAGAAAGAAACCAAUGAACUGUUGAAUCUGAUCAAAUAAAGGAGGAAUAACUUUUACCCCAAUCACCAUGGUUACAGUUUGACAUCACCUUGUUACCAUGGCAAUAUGCCGACUGUUUGAUGUACAUCCCGGGAAACCUGCGCGUCCUUUAACCCCCGGUGUUUGACCUCGUUCUGUUACAGAUGUGAGAUUUAUAUGUCUAUAACCAAAAAAGCUACUAUGUCGGUAAUUGUGUGUGCGAAAGGCCCAGCGGGUUUCCAAGAGGUCCUGUAGAAACCAGUUGAGCUCUUUCCAUGGGACUGAAUUUACUGUGAGGGAUUUGAAAGUACAUGUGAUGCAUUUUAAGCUAUUUAUGGUUGAUUGUGGGUACGUUUUUCAAGAGCAACAUCCGAUAUACUCGACCUGUGAUGGCUCUUCAGCUAAUGUGCUACAGAUAUUCAUCCUAAAACCGUUUUUCUGUGUCUGUCAUUUAAGUACAGUAGGAAUGCUAAUAAUAUAACCAGUGGUUUUCUCAUGAUCCGACCCAUCAGAGUUGCUUGUCUGCUGUGUUUGUUUUUGACAGCAUUUGUCUUGUGCUCGUGCAUCUCGUCAUCCUGACCACUGCUUGCUGGUCGUGUCCAUCAUUAGUGAUAGUCUGUAUUCAUCACUCGUCUCUUGUUGGCUUGUGAUCGCUCUUAGCUCGGCCUACUCGAAUAUCUGCUUUCUGAUUGGUCUGUUUGUCUGUUAGUCAGUCAGUGUCGUCUGAGAAGUAUCCUCAAAUGUGGUUCACAUUAAUGAAGUAGAGUGAUUUUAUUUAAAUAUGCAUAAAUUACAGAGAGAGCAGGUGUCGUAUUUCUAAUGCUUUUGGGGUGGAGUGUGAGACAUUGGCUCCUGUGCAGAUGGCUAUAGCAAGCUUUAGCACUCACUAUAUUUGUCUUUGUUUGUGUUUAACUAAUAUAAAACCAUUUUUUGUUUUAUUGCGUUAAAGCUGUGAAUUGCCAAAACUUAGUACUGUUUUAUGCAGCCAUAAUGCCAACUUACUGUGACAAAAUUCAAGAGAGCAAAAAAAAAAAAAAAAAAAAAAAAGUUUAAUUAAUUAAAAGACAGAUAAUAAAAGAUUUAUAUCAUGCUUUGAUUUGUCUAGACAAAUGCAACUCUGCAUAAAUGACAUUAACAAUCCAGUUGCUUCGAAAUCUAAUGUAUAUCUGAAUGAAACAUUAUUUGUGGCCUAAUGGUUAGAGAGUUGCAACUAAGGUCGCAGGUUCAGUUCUCAACAUUGGAUCUGAGUUGAAAAAUAGAGAAAAUAUAUUUAAAAUGAUUAAUAUUAGUAAACUCUUCAUAUAUACAGAACAGACCAAAGUUUGGACACACCUUCUCAUUCAAAGAGUUUUCUUUAUUUUCAUGACUAUGAAAAUUGUAGAGUCACACUGAAGGCAUCAAAACUAUGAAUUAACACAUGUGGAAUUAUAUAUGGAAUUAUAUACAUAACAAAAAAGUGUGAAACAACUGAAAAUAUGUAAUAUUGUAGGUUCUUCAAAGUAGCCACCUUUUGCUUUGAUUACUGCUUUGCACACUCUUGGCAUUCUCUUGAUGAGCUUCAAGAGGGAGUCACCUGAAAUGGUCUUCCAACAGUCUUGAAGGAGUUCCCCGAGAGAUGCUUAGCAAUUGUUGACCCUUUUCCCUACUGUCUGCGGUCCAGCUCACCCCUAAACCAUCUCGAUUGGGUUCAGGUCCGGUGACUGUGGAGGCCAGGUCAUCUGGCGCAGCACCCCAUCACUCUUCUUCUUGGUCAAAUAGCCCUUGAUGCCUUCAGUGUGACUCUACAAUUUUUUAUA